AUGAGCUUAAUCAGCGCAAUCAGUACGCAAUGAAGGAUCUUUCUUGAUCAUUAUAAAAGGAGAACUCUCUAAUCCAACCAGAUCUAAUUUAUAUGGGAACGGAACCCUCUGCACCUCAGGCAAGGACUUUUCCAUACUGCUCCUUUGGUGGGACUUGAAGCCUCCAGACCUACAGAGAAGAACAGUGCUCCUGAGGGAAUAUUCAUCCAAGCUAACCCCCCCGGAGCAAAAUGGCCAUAUCGGACGCAUUUGGAACGUACACUGCCUCCGGUAGCAAAUUUGUGAAUACGGCCUUAGUGACCUUCUCUCUUAUUGGAAUACAAGCAAUUUUAGAUUCCAACUUUGAUUGUCCAACAAGUCCAGAUAGUGGAUACAGCGUGGCCCUCAUAGGCAUCUACAGCCUCUCGUUCUUCUUCGGUCCGGCCAUCGUCUUCAUCUUCAUAGGAUUAUACUAUUUUCCUGGCUUCAACAAAAAGCAAUGUUGCCCAUGUUGGUCUGGUAAUUGGGCUUGUAUCUAUGUUGUCUUGAAGGUUGGGAAACCUGCACUGAUUUGGCUCCUGAUUGCGAUGACAGACGGGCGGUACCUGUCCUGCUUUGUUGUAGCAGUCUCUCACUACGAAGCAGACCACGCAUUUUACUUGUUCGUAUUUCAGACAACUGGAAUGCUGACUAUUACCCUGCUGGUCAUCCUCUGGUACUGCGCAUCAAAGUGCACCUGUAUGUGUCUGGAGGAGAGCCGGCGGGCCUAUCAGAUGCUGGCGGACGUGGAGAGUAUUCUAGUGGAAGACGAAGCGGAGAAAGAGAAAAAGGAAGAGAAGGAGAAGUUCCUGAACGCUCUGGAGCACAAUGGCGAGUAUUUGGAUCGGAGGAUUCCCAAGUACAUGGUGGACAAGGAGGAGGUGAUCGUCGCUAAGCUCAAGGCAGAGGGGCCAGAAGCCGGAAACUGGAACAGUGAGACCAGCGGGAAUGAAAGUGGAAUUCUAUAGGGUGGAAAAAAAAA